AUGUGGGCAUCGGAUGGCUUCAAGACCUGUGCGAAAAAAAACUGCACCUUCGUUGCGGAGGCAUCGGCGAGAAGGUCAGUCGAGCUCAUGUCUGGAAGGCGCCGGAUGAAGGCGCUGCGCCGUCUGCAGCCUCCCUACGGCCCAUGCCCACUAAGCUCCUGUCUUGACCCUUGGAAAGGAGACGAGGAGGACGAAGGGCCGCUCUUUGACGACAAGAGUGUCGAAGAGGGCUUCCAGAAUCGGGACAGACAGUCUACAAAUCGUCAGGUACUAUGGCAACUGAAGACAGACGGCCUCCAAUGA